AUCCGUCUAUGCUUCUAGGACAGCCAUUCGUUUGAACACACCGCGCACGAGGUUGAAGUUCAGCGAUUAGUGGCUGUUGGAGAAGAUGUCACGGCUCGAACACGAGACGGAUCCAGCAGUUCAGGCAGAGAAAGAUCGACAGCUAAUGCUAUUCUCGCUGCUGGGUGUCUUUCUUGGGGUCUGGUUAUAUGGAAUAUACGUGGUCCUUUUCGCCAGGUCGGUUCAGAUUAAACUUAAGAAAAAAUCAUCAGAGACACGCCCUGCAUCGGUAUUCUUCUACUCUAGUAUCUUAAUGUUCAUAAUUAUCACCGUAAACACUGCUUUCGCCAUUCGUCGUUAUGCCCAUGCUUUCACCACCUUCGCGUACACGACGAACGAAAUCCCAUUGAUGUAUCUCUUCGACUAUACGUUAUGGGACAAUUCCGGCUGUGUCUUCAUGCUCAACCUCCUGGUUUGGAUGGCAGAUGCUCUGGCGAUCUACCGUUGCUACCUAAUCUGGAACGACAGCCUGCUCGUCAUUCUCUUUCCUUCCGCUCUGCUACUGGUUAGCAUUAUAAUCAACAGCAUUACCUUCUCUUGGUUCCUCGACAUGACGUCCGUCGAUUCGGAUUUGGCUAUGACCUUGCUUAAGUUGGUCUACCCCAUCAAUAUCUCCCAGAACAUCGUCACGACCUCCUUAAUUGCCGUCCGAAUCUACCUCCAGCAUCGUCUUUCUCGCAAGGCGGGCUUGAACAACCUCGCUACAACAUCCAGCGGCGUGCACUUGCUCACCGUGAUGCGAAUUGUGAUUGAGAGCGCUAUGCUCUUCACUGUUCAGCAGAUCGUGAUGAUGAUAUUGCUCUAUAGUGGGCAUAUGGCCGAGAUGAUAUUCCAUGGCACUACAGCACCGACGAUAGGUAUCAUUUUCCUCCUAAUAUCUGUCCGCUCCUAUGAGGCCCAACGCGCCUCUCAGCGCCCAUCUACCUGGGACGGGGAGGGAACUUCCUGGUCUCGAGAAUGGAGCGUCGCCACACACAGAUCGACCCAAACAGACAUCCAGUUCGAUCCAAUCGGAACAGCGACAUCCUCCACUCCGCGACAAAGAAAAUCGAAUGUCCAAGUCAUAGCAAUCUACGAUGGGGAAGAUGGCGAGAGAAGCGAGAGUGACAUUGGGAUCAGCGACAAUGGUGAUCACGGUGAAUUGAAGCUGAGAACAUUAGGUUCCGGUGUUUGA